GCACUGUCUUUAGAGGGACUCAACGGCUUUUGCCCUGGGACUUUCCUCUGGUAGCUGCCCCGUCAAGGUCUCCUUCUCUUUUCUCUUCUGCUGCAGAGAAGCUGCCGCUAUGUCUCACCAGUUUUCUGGCCAAAGCCUGGGAAGCAGCAUUAGGGGUUUCAGCUCCAGCUCUGCCUGUUUUGGUGGUGGGAACAAAGUCAGCUUCAGCACGGUGUCACGUGGAGGAUGUGCAGGCUCAGCCUGUAGUCCCAGAGGCUUUGGCAGUAGGAGCCUGCAUAACUUGGGAGGAAAUAAAAGGAUUUCCAUUGGUGGAUUUGGUGGCACUUGUGGAGGGUUUGGGUCUGGCGGCCAAGCGGGUGGAGGGUUUGGCGGUGGUGCUGGGUCUGGGGGACAGUUCAGUGGUGGGCUCGGUGGUUGCUUUGGUGGUGGGGCUGGAGGAGGAUUCGGUGGUGGAUGGGAUGGCCCUGGAUUUCCUGUUUGCCCACCUGGUGGCAUUCAAGAAGUGACCAUCAACCAGAACCUCCUGACUCCUCUCAACUUGAAGAUCGACCCAGAGAUCCAGAAAGUGCGGAAAGAGGAAAGGGAGCAGAUGAAGACCCUGAACAACAAAUUUGCCUCCUUCAUCGACAAGGUCCGAUUUCUAGAACAGCAGAAUAAAGUUCUGGAGACGAAAUGGAAACUCUUGCAGGAACAGGGCCAAGGCCCCAUUAAAAAGAGCCUUGACCAGCUCUUUGAGGCUUAUAGCAAUGGCUUGAGAAAGCAGCUAGAUGGCCUGUUAAAUGAGAGGAGACAGCUGGAUACCGAGCGGAAGAACUUCCAAGAUCUGGUGGAGGAUUUCAAGCACAAGUAUGAAGAGGAAAUAAACAAAAGGACAGUUGUGGAGAAUGACUUUGUGGUCCUGAAAAGGGACCUGGAUGUUGCCUAUAUGAGCAAGGUGGAGCUGCAAGUGAAACUAGACUCCCUGACUGAUGAGAUCGACUUCCUGAGAUGUCUGUAUGAGGCGGAACUGUCUCAGAUGCAGCAGACAGCUUCUGACACCUCCGUGGUCCUGUCUAUGGACAACAACCGAAACCUAGACCUGGACAGCAUCAUCCGGGAGGUCAAAGCCCAGUACGAGGAGAUUGCUCAGAGGAGCCGAGCGGAGGCAGAGUCUUGCUACCAGUGCAAGUUCGAAGAGCUGCAGGUGACAGCUGGGAAACACGGAGACAGUUUACGAGACAGCAAGAGCGAGAUCUCAGAGCUUAACCGGAUGAUCCAGAGGCUACGGGCUGAAAUAGAAAAUGUGAAGAAGCAGUGUGAAAGGCUGCAGACCUCCAUUGCCGAUGCCGAGCAGCAAGGCGAGCUGGUCCUCAAAGACGCCAAGGGCAAACUGGCUGAGCUAGAGGGUGCCCUGCAGAAGGCCAAGGCAGACUUGGCGCGUCAGCUGCGGGAGUACCAGGAGCUGAUGAACGUCAAGCUGGCACUGGAUAUCGAGAUCGCCACCUACAGGAAGCUGUUGGAAGGAGAAGAAUGCAGGAUGUCUGGAGAGUGCCAAAGUGCUGUGAGCAUCUCCAUGGCGGGUGGCAGCUCAACCUCUGGAGGUGGACUUGGAGGUGGGAUUUACCUUGGAGGAGGAGGAGGCAGUGGUGGUAGAAUCGGUUUCAGUUCCGGAAGUGGAAGAGGUGGAUAUGCCUUAGGUGGAGGAUCCGUCUCUGGUGGAGGAUACAGUGCAGGCAAGGGAGGGUAUGGAUCUGGAGGCGGGUCCAGUACCAUUGCAAAAACAACCGUCACCUCCACGUCGGUGAAAUCGACAAGCAGGAGAGUCUAGAAGAUGGUGCCUUCUCUUAUCAUCUAAUGGCUGCAGCUCAGCCCCUCCACCCAACCCUGACGUCCAAAAGAGAAAUGAACGGUGUCCCUUACAGCUCAAUAACCUGCUAUGUAUUGCCUCAAAGAGACCAACGGUCAUGGUGACAAUUGUCCCCCAACCAGUUGUCAUGGUAGUGACACCUACUCUCCCUCUAAGUUUAAGCCAGGUACCAUAAUCUACUUAAAACCACACCAUGAAAUAAACUAUGGCGGAUAAUGGCCAAGAUUUUCAAAAGUGGCUAUCGAUAUGGGGUACCUCCAGUUCUGAAUGACCAGCUUGAUAUACCAUAAAGGGGCUGAUUCUGAGAAAGAAGGGAGGACCCACCCUCUGGAAAUCAGGCCCCUUUAAGGUGACUCCAGUGAAGCAUCAAAAACUACAGCACACAAAAUCUCUCAUCACUUUUGAAAAUCUUGGCCAAUCAGACAAAACAUACAUGCCUAGCUUAACUCCAUAGACUUCAGAAGGAUCAUACCAGAAACAGAUUUGAGCCCAAAAGAGUGAUAUUCCAUCAGCAACCUGGAGGGAAAACAUUCCUAUGCAGUAAUAUUCAGAAAAUUAAACACGUGUGCAUAUGUCAAGAAAAUGACUUUAUCCCAUAAAAUAAAUAAAAUGGAUUUACUAUGUUAAAAAUUUGGGCUGGAUCCUGGUAUAAAUUGGUACAGCUUCACUUAAGUCAGUGAUUUACAUUAACUAAGGAUUUGGCCCCUUUUUGAGUAAGGGCUUGUCUAUACUUGUGGCUAAAUUGGCGCUGCUGUGAUCGAUGCAGCGGUGUCGAUUUAGCAGGUCUGGUGAAGACAAGUUAAGUCGAUGGCAGAGUGCUCUCCCGUCGACUUCUGUACUCCACCUCCCUGAGAAGCAGAAGGUAAGUCAGCAGGAGAGCAUUGUAGACACUGCUGUAAGUGGACCUAAGUUACAUCGACAUCAGUUAUGUAACUUACGUAACUGAAGUAGCAUACGUUAGGUUAGAUCAGCCCUGAGACAAGUAUUCCCAGCAGCUGAGAAGUUCUACCCCAUCUGAUAUUUUUCUCCAAUGAGCUGAUAAGCUUCACCAGCCUAUAGUUGUUAAAACAAAAAAAUGUGUAUCUACAGUUAAUUCUAGGUGUGCUUUUAUGUAAUGGUCAUGAAGCAACUUUUGCUUGUCUUUUUUCAGUUCCUUUUCUUGCUGGGUGAUGCACUGUAUCUCAUUAAACUUGACAGUAAGAAAUACAA